AUGCAAGUAUUUUUUCCCCUUGAUAAUUUAAAUAAUCAUUUUAAAUUUUCCUUAGAAUUUUAUUUACAUGUAUCAAACUCCCACAAAUUUUUUCUGCAUAAUAAUUUUGUAUUAUUUCCAUCAGUUGUUUGUUUGCAAUUGACUUUAUUCAAUAUGGAUUUCUUACCUGGAAGUUUUGUGGUGUUUCAAGUUGUUGGUCUUUGGCGUUCACCAAAUAUUAAAUCAUCAAUUUAUAAUAAUUUUUAUCGUUUGAGAACAUUUUUCAGUGUAUUUCUUCUUUAUUCAUUUGUUGGAUGUUCGAUAAUUGGCAUUGCCAUUAAACAUGAUGAUGUUAAAACAGUGACAAAUGAUUGUUUUGUUAUGUUAUCGGUACUGGCGUGUUGUGGUAAAUCGGUCAAUAUUCUGAAAUGUCGUAAAACAAUUUUAAAUAUUAUUGAAAUAAUGCAAAAUGAUCCAUGCUCACCAAGAAAUGAACAUGAAAUUGAUAUACAAAAAAAAUGUGAUAGUUUUAUUUGGAUUAAUACAGUGAUUUAUGGUAUUUUGACUGAAGUAACAGCUGUUAUGCUGACAUUCGGUACAUUAUUCAUAGAUCUACCUGAGGGUGAAUUACCAUUCAACACGUGGUUGCCCUAUAAUCAUUCACAUGGCUUUACUUAUAAAUUUGCUCAUGGUCAACAAAUUAUAAGUAUCAUGACAUCGGCAAAUAUUGCAAUCGCUUACGAUACCUUGGUUCCUGCAAUGAUUCUUCAAGUUUGUGCUAAACUCAAUAUAUUAAAACAUCGUUUUAGCAAUUUUACUAAAAUGAUUAAUAAUCAAAUUAAUAAAUCAUCAACAUCAAUUGAUAAAUUAAAAAAUGAAAAAAAAUUAAUUGCUGAUUAUGUUAAAUGUCAUUUAAUAAUUUUCAAGCUAGCUAAAACAAUUAACAAUACUUUUAGUAUUGUUGUAUUUUUACAAUGUUUAAUAAGCACACUUGUCUUGUGUGUUAGUAUUUAUAAUUUGGCAAGUGUUGAAUUAUUUUCAUCUGAAUUUACAAAUAUAAUUCUAUACCUGGCUUGUAUGUUAUCUGAAAUAUUUAUACUGUGUGCUGCUGGUAAUGAGGUUACACUUGUGAGCCAAAGUAUAAGUGACUCAAUUUAUGAGACAGAUUGGACUGAUUUAAAUACAUCAACAAUUAAAAGUCUUGUCUUAAUUAUGAGUAGAACAAUGAAGCCUAUUAUUUUCAAAAGUGGAUAUGUUAUUGAAUUAUCACUUGACUCUUUUAAAAGUCUUGUUAAAAUUUCGUAUUCAACCUACAACGUUUUACAACAAACAUCAUAA